UCGAUGUGGCCCAGCCCAGCCCGUUACUUAAACGCACUUUUCUAUCCAGUAAACCCAAAAACAACCCCUAUAGCUAGGUUUUUCCCAGCAGCCGAAAGAAACCAGGGAAGCAGACGUAGAGCUUCAGAGCAGAAGCUGAGAGCUCUACAACAAUGUCGGGGAAGCCGAGGGCAACCAGGAAAGAUGAAGUUGUGACCAGAGAGUACACCAUCAAUCUCCACAGACGCUUGCAUGGAUGCACCUUCAAGAAAAAGGCACCCAAGGCAAUAAAGGAGAUAAGAAAGUUUGCUCAAAAAGCAAUGGGAACAACAGACGUUAGGGUUGAUGUGAAACUAAACAAACAGAUUUGGAGCAAAGGGAUCCGAAGUGUGCCGAGGAGGGUCCGUGUCCGAAUUGCUAGGAAGAGGAAUGAUGAUGAGGAUGCAAAGGAAGAACUUUACUCACUGGUUACCGUUGCUGAGGCUCCAGAGGGACUCAAGGGCUUAGGCACUGCUAUCAUUGAGGAUGAUGAAGACUAAAUCUAUCUCUUCACAAAAAAUUUAUGCUAAGCAAUCCCAGUUUUGGCUGUUGUCCUUUCUCAACGAGUUAUUCUGAAUUUUGCAUUUUGAUCUUUAGACUUGUUAAAUCUUCGUAUGUAUUAAAGACAAAAUUUGGGCUCUUUACAAGUUUAUUAUUAUGCCAUCUUAAACUGAUAUUUUUGUUCGUAAA